CUCCAGAACCGUGCUCUGUGUGCCAACCCCUCAACCCUCUCUCUCUCUCUCUCUCUCUCUCUCUGUCUCUGUCUCUCUGUGUCUAACGACCAAACCGAAAAAAGCUGGCUCUUUAUGACACUCAUCUCUUCUCGCAUAAGAAGUAUCGACGCCACUUUCUUGCUAUUUCUCUCUCUACAACACGCCAAAAUACCCACCCAAGCAAAGGCCUCUUUGACGGUCUUCUCGAUGCUCACUCUCUUUCUUUCUCAUUCAUUUGCUUCAUAAUCUCUCUGUCUCUCUCUACUCUCAUUCGAAGGGGCAACACUCGAAGAGGUCUCUCGAUCGCGCUCUCAGAUACUCUCUCUCCGGCGAUCUCGACACUCAGAUCUGUUUGGUGGAAUUAGUCCGGAUUUGGAGAAUGGCUUCACUUUCUCAUUCACCGGUAACAUUUACUGGAAACCUGGCAUCUGGGACUUCAGCUUUGGAUCAUCUUCAUAGCUCAAUUAAUGGUGUUACUGGUGUGCCUUUGAAAGCCCUAGGGAGGGCACGGUUAGGCGCAACAAGGAGGGAUUUUACGGUCUCUGCGAAGGUUAGAAAGGGAAAGAAGCACGAGUAUCCGUGGCCAGAUGAUGCAGAUCCUAAUGUGAAGGGUGGAGUCCUCAGUCAUCUUUCGCAUUUCAAGCCUCUGAAGGAGAAGCAAAAGCCAGUUACUUUGGAAUUUGAGAAGCCUCUAAUGGCUCUACAAAAGAAGAUAAUUGACGUACAAAAGAUGGCGAAUGAAACUGGUCUGGACUUCACUGAUCAAAUUAUCUCACUUGAGAAUAAGUACCAACAGGCUCUAAAGGAUCUAUACACACACCUGACUCCCAUACAGAGAGUAAAUAUUGCUCGGCAUCCUAAUAGACCAACUUUUCUUGAUCAUGUGUCAAAUAUCACUGAAAGGUUUGUGGAGCUUCAUGGAGAUCGGUCUGGCUAUGAUGAUCCUGCUAUUGUCACUGGUCUUGGAACUAUAAAUGGUAGAAGUUACAUGUUCAUGGGUCAUCAAAAGGGUAGAAAUACAAAGGAGAACAUUCAACGCAAUUUUGGGAUGCCUACUCCCCAUGGUUACCGCAAGGCAUUGCGCAUGAUGUAUUACGCAGAUCACCAUGGAUUCCCAAUUAUUACUUUCAUUGACACUCCGGGGGCAUUUGCCGAUCUUAAAUCCGAGGAACUGGGUCAAGGUGAAGCCAUAGCUCACAACUUGAGGACUAUGUUUGGUCUGAAAGUACCAAUUGUUUCAUUUGUUAUUGGGGAAGGUGGUUCUGGUGGUGCUCUGGCCAUUGGCUGUGCUAAUAAAUUGUUAAUGCUUGAAAAUGCAGUUUUCUAUGUUGCCAGCCCAGAAGCAUGUGCAGCAAUCUUGUGGAAAAGUGCUAAAGCUUCUCCGAAGGCUGCUGAGAAGCUUAAGAUAACUGCAGGAGAGUUGUGCAAGCUACAAAUUGCAGAUGGAAUUGUACCGGAGCCACUGGGUGGUGGUCAUGCUGAUCCAUAUUGGACUUCACAACAAAUAAAAACUGCUAUUGUUGAUGCAAUGGAUGAGCUUAUAAAGAUGGACACACAAGAACUGUUAAAACAUCGCAUGCUAAAGUUCCGAAAACUUGGUGGAUUCCAAGAAGGAAUUCCAGCAGAUCCCAAAAAGAAAAUCAACAUGAAAAAGAAAGAAGAACCCAUUCUCAAUCGUGGAAAGACUACCAACCUGGAGUUGGAGAAUGAGGUUGAAAAACUAAAACAGCAAAUUCAGGAAGCCAAGGAAUCAACUACUGAGCAUCCAGAGUUGGGUCUGAAUGAAAUGAUAGAGAAGCUGAAAAGAGAAGUUGAUCAUGAAUUUUCUGAAGCAGUUAAAGCCAUGGGCUUGAAGGACAGGCUGGUGAUGCUUCGCGAAGAAUUUGAAAAAUCAAGGAAUUCAAAGGACCAGCCCAUGAAUCUGGCUUUGAAAGGCAAGAUUGAGAAGCUUAAGGAUGAGUUCAACCAAGGUUUGUCAGCAGCUCCUAAUUAUGCAAGCCUGAAACAUAAGCUUGACAUGUUGGAGGAAAUAUCUAAAGCCAAGAAUCUGUCUGAGAAGGACAACAAAAUCGGCACAUUAAAACAGGAAAUUAAUGAGAAAUUCACGGAGGUUUUGGAUCAGCCUGAUAUGAAGGAAAAGAUCGAGGCACUAAAAAAGGAAAUCGAAGACUCAGGGGUAUCCACAUUUGCAGAGUUAAACCAGGAUCUGAAGGAGAAAAUUUUGCAGGUGAAGGAAGAGACGGAGAUAAAAUUCGCCGAUGUUCUAAAAUCUUUGGGUAUGCAUGUUGAGCCGCCUUCAUUCUCAGACGUCAAGGUUAAGAUAGAGGAACUUAAUGAUGAAAUUAACGACAUCAUUGAAGAUGUUAUCAAUUCAUCGGAUUUAAAGAACAAGAUCGAGCAAUUGAAGUUGGAGGUUGCUAAGGCAGGGAAGACCCCAGAUUUGGAGUCGAAAAGGAAGAUUAUGGUUUUGGAACAACAAAUAAAGCAGAGCCUUGCAGAGGUUAUGGAUUCCACUGUAUUAAAAGAGAAGCACGAGAAGCUGAAAGCGGAGAUCUUUGAAGCCAUGGAAUCUUCGGGAGGGUUGUAUGGGAAUUUGAUUAAAGGAAAUAUGAAAGAUGGAAAUUCCAAGUAUGAGGGGUUGAGCGUCAAGGUUAAUUUGGAAGCAAACCGCAGCAUGGCUUGAUGUGAAGGAUGGUUUAGGAAUGAAUCUCGGAAUUGAUUUUUUCAAAAACCAAUGACUUCAAAAGCAAGACUCAUUUCGACCUCUAUUCCUCCAACCAGCAUACGGUAUCAUCUUACUCUCUCCUGGAGUUGACAAGUUUUUUGCAUUUGCAUGGAACACUAGAGAGUGGUACCGGAUAUCUGCUUAUCUAUAAAACUGGAAUUUUCCCACUUCAAAUUAGUUCAUCCCAUUUUGUUGGCUGUUUGUUCCUCUUCUCUCUUUUUCUUUUUUCUUCUCUUUUUUUUUUUUGUGGUUUUAAUUUAAUUGGGUAGAUUGUGUUUCUCAUUUUGUUGUUUAGACACACAACUAUGUAUAAAUUAUGCUGAGUGCAAAAACAAUCUGAAAAGCACGUUUUCAAGUAUCUGGAAGAGUAGAAAUGAGAAGUACCUUUGCCUUCUGUGUAUUUAUUUAUUUAUGAAUGUAUUUCAUGAAUCACAUUAUCGAAUAAUAUUUUAGAGCUCUUAUGCAAUUCUAA